UCGACAGCAUGUUUGCAAACAAAUCUGCGAAGGAAGAAGGACAAGACGCUGUUAUAUAGUUUCGGUAUCUCCGAAAAGGCAAGAAAGUGCCAAAAACAGCGCUGUUUCAGGACGUUAACGGAAAACGAUGUCUUCCAGGCUCGCUAGAAAAAGUGAAUCGCUCGUUGUGGGCAUAUAUAGAACGACUCUUUUAAAGGACUCGCGUACGAAAUCUAGCAGCAGCGUGCACAGACGUUCAAUAACAAACAUCACGAGGGAAGACCAUUAUAAACGUCUGGGGGGAAGAAAGCCUGCCUCCUUCGAUGUAAUUAGUCGAACAGGAAUUGUGAGUCCCAUGCAGUACGUACCUGACAAUGUUCCGAAGCCGGAGUACGCGAGUAGUGGCAUCGUACUCGACGUACCGAAGCAGAUGGAGAGAAAGUCGCCCGAUGAAAUACUAAGGACGAAGGACGCUUGCCGAUUAGCGAGGAACAUAUUAGACGAAGUCUCACGACAUGUUAAGGUUGGCAUAACAACGGACGAAAUCGACAAGAUAACGCAUUCGUUGUGCAUUGAUAAGACAGCGUACCCUUCACCGCUCAACUACCGAUGGUUCCCUAAAUCCGUGUGCACGUCGGUGAACAAUGUCGCCUGCCACGGCAUUCCAGACGACCGACCUCUCAAAGACGGUGACAUCAUCAGCAUAGAUAUCAGCGUUUUCUACAAUGGUUACCAUGGAGACUGUGCUGAGACGUACGCAGUCGGAGACGUUGACCGACGCGGCAAGAACUUGAUCACGAUUGCCAGAGAAUCUCUUCAUGCGGCUAUUUCAAUAUGUGGACCAGGUGUCAAGCUUUGUGAGAUUGGGAAAAAAAUCAGUGCUGUGACAGCAGAUGGCGGAUACUCCGUUGUGCCGUCCUUCUGCGGUCAUGGAAUCGGGACGUAUUUUCACGGACCUCCGGAUAUCUAUCACUUCGACAACGACUUGGAGGGCGAAAUGUUUGAAGGCCUUGUAUUCACAAUUGAACCAGUCAUAUCCGAAGGAGGUCCAGACAUCGUCAUACUUGAAGAUGGCUGGACGGCAGUGACUCUAGACAAUAGUCGGGCAGCACAGUUUGAGCACGCCAUUUGCAUCACGAGCAACGGAGCGGACAUCCUAACGACGUCCUAAAUACGCUUACAGUUUCUGGUUUGGCGUCUGCUACGCACAUAGCAACUCCAUGUUGCCAGCACGUUUGACACGCAACCACGUUUUGACGUGUUGCCAGCAGUGCCAUUUGCUGUGUAGUCAGUAAUGGUGUAUCGUCAGUAAUGGCAGUAAUGGGUGUAUGUAGAAGAAAUAUUGUGGAGGCUUU